AUGGGCAUCACGAAGCGAACUCGGGGAACCUCUAGCCAACUGUCAUAUCCAGAGGAGCCCGCAAUAAACAAGAGACUGAAGAUCGACAACCCUGAACUUCCAAUUGCCAAUUCUUUCAAAGCAGAUCGCAGCUCUGAGAAAGAAGUCUCGUCCUCUCUCUCCGCCAUUCUUGCUGAUCUUUCAUCUCCCCCUCCCACCAACAACACCCAGCCGCACAACCCAGACUCCGACACAUCAAACACCCAGGCACUGUGGCUCAGCCGGUCAAAAGACUGGAAUGGAAUAUCAGAAAAUUGGAAGCCAAUACGGGUCCUUGGCUCAGGAUCCUAUGGAAUCAUCGGUCUAUUCGAGUACAUAGGUAAAGGCCAAGAUGUGCCAAAGCACAUGGUCGUCAAGCAAGCGCCCCCUGGUAUUGAGUCCGAGGCACUUCGUUCGGAAUCGAUGAAGUUAAUCCAGCUGUCGGCCGCUGGAGCAGAACACGUCGUCAAAAUAUACAAAUCGUUUCAUCGGGCCGCUGGGACAGGUGCAGAUAAGGACUGGGACCCAUCCCCUUGGGUUACCCAAGAGGAUGGAAGUCAAUUACUUGAUUCAAAGAAGAUGGUCGGAAGAAUUUAUCUAGAGUAUGCCGAAGGAGGGGAUUUGGCGCAUGCCAAUAUAGAGAGGGACGCGUAAGUUGACUUAAUUGUUACCAUACAGAGCCUGAAUGAUGGUUUUGGAGCUGAUUGAAACUUCUAGGCUUGGUUUUCCAGAGGAAGUUGAAGUUUGGAAGCUCAUAAACCACCUUGCCAAGGGAGCAAAAGAACUUGAGCGAGAGAAUAAGACCAACCAUGUUUCUGAUCGUCGACCAAUUAUCCACUUCGAUUUGAGGCCACACAAUGGUGAGCUUUGCAAGUCUGUUCUACAUUAGGCUGAGCUGACUCUGAGCAGUGUUGGUAUUUAAAGACGCAACAGGCCAGAAUUUGUACAAGGUACGGAGCUACCUGCCAAUGACGGCCCCAUACAGCUUUGAUUUUAGAAGUAAACGGACACUAACAUUGCUUCAGCUCGCGGAUGGCAUGUCUUCAUGGUUACCCCGCCAUCCUCAAGAUCCAAAUUGGAUUGCAACUGUUGAAUGGCGAGGAGCGACUGCCUGGUUGACACCCGUAAGUUGUCUGAUUUGAUUUUAGACUUAGUACUUACCAGAAAAUAGGAGCAAGCUUACCGCAACCACCCUCAACGCCAGUUCGGGCCUCUUACCAAUAUCUGGUCAAUUGGAGCGACUGUCUUCGGUUUCCUCCAUAGGUGUCACCGGCUUGAAAAUGAGUUGUUCGUUGUUGGCUGGAAAAAGAAAGAGUUCAUUUCUCAAGAAACCGACCUCUUUGGCGUGCCUCACUCAGCGUUGCUGGAAUUUACCCUUCUACAAUGCCUUGCAUUCCGUCCUCGGGAUCGCAUAUCGGCGGACACCCUCAUUGAACGGUCACAAGCUAUGAUGGAUUAUGUGUACGGGAAGAAUGAACUGACACCCGAGUUACUGGAUCUGGUAGCUGAAUACAAGGGCCCGUCAGAGCGGUAUUUUGGUGAAAGAAGAGGCGAUGAAGAGGGCAGUUGGAGUGUUGAUAUUUAUCGACCAUUCGUAGAAGGAGAAUCUUCUGCUAA